AUGGAGUUGCUGAGCCAUUACCUGGCUGCCACAACAAUCAGUAUGGCCAACGGCUCAACAGUACAGAACCCCUUCAGCGAGCAGUUGAUACCAAUGGCUUUUAAGAGCGACCUCGUCUUGCAGCUUCUUCUAGCACAGAGCGCGGUUCAUCGAGCAGCAAAGUCUCUGAAUGACUUCGACAGUGUCGCCAACACAUACUAUGAUCGAUCGCUGCGGUUGUUCCAGCAGAACCUUUCCAAGUUCAUGGGCGAGCAAUCCAGGGAACAAACAUUAUUACUGGGCAUAGCUGCCCUGAUUCUAUGUUUCAUCGAGACAGCCAAAGGCGACAUCAACGGCACGACCUACGACCAUCUCAUCGCAGCGAAGUCGCUCAUCGUACCCUCACUCCCCCUCCUCAUCUCUCUCCCAAAGUCUAUGAGACAAUUUCUCGUCGAAUACUACGUAUACACAGCAACGCUCAGCAUGAUCUCGAUAGACGCCCGGAUCAGUGACCAAUACUUCCUGGACAACGACAUGGCCCUCUUGGCGACGGAGCUCGUGGCGGAAUCCUAUGUCGGCAACUUGUGUGACCCGUUCUAG